AUGAAGAGUCUGCGUGAUCCAGCCAUGGUCAAGUUCCUGUUGCUGUUGAUGUUGGGGCUCGCCCUCUUGAGGGAGGUAGCAGCUCGGAAAAAACCCAAAGCAGGGGAUCCUUCUCUGGGGAUUGCUCAGAAGAAGGCUGGGAAUUGCCCACCUCUGGAGGAGAACAGUGUAAGGGUUGACAUCCGCAUUCUCAGUCAAAACCAGGGCAUUCCCAUCUCCCAUGACUUCCAGAACCGUUCCAGCUCCCCAUGGGAUUACAACAUCACCCGGGACCCCCACCGGUUCCCCUCGGAGAUUGCAGAGGCCCAGUGCAGACACUCAGGCUGUAUCAAUGCCCAGGGGCAGGAAGACAGCUCCAUGAACUCCGUUGCCAUCCAGCAAGAGAUCCUGGUCCUUCGGAGGGAGCCCCAGGGCUGCUCUCAUUCCUUCCGCUUGGAGAAGAUGCGGGUGACUGUUGGUUGUACCUGUGUCACCCCCAUCAUCCACCAUGUGGCCUGA